AUGGCUGGCAAAGGUGUGGCGGUGCCUAUUGCCAGUCGAGGGGAAGGCCUGCACCCUAUCGCCCAGGGCGCGCGCCUCGCGCGCGCCGAAAUCUCGACAAUCGGACUGCUCCAACAUCCGCGCAUCACCAGACCGCCCUUUGACUUCCUUUCGCUUUCGCCUCGCGGCCGGCCCGGCCGCCGCCGUCCCCCGCCAUCCUCGCGACUUCUCGUCCCCGACAUCCUCGCGACUUCGCGUCCCUACCAUCUUCGCGACUCCUCCUCGGUCGACCGCAUCCUAACGAUAUGCACGGCGCAAGAUUGGCCUGUUUAGCACGCAUAUGGCUUGCCAUGGCCUGCAUAAGCACGCACGCGCAAGAUUUGCCUGACCGCACGCGCCUCUGUUUGUUGUCACGCUGGGCUAUACUGAAGUAUAGGUGGCAUCGCACGCGCAAGGUCUUGUCGCGGCUCUGUUUGCCAGCGUGACCGUAAAGGCCCGACCUGCACCACGUUGGCAAACCGCGCAGCCUAUCGUUCGAUACGCAGAAAAACACACAAAGAGCACACCGGGUUGGAACUAGGCCCUCC